AUGCCGGGUCCGUUAGCUCUCAGCGCGAGGAGUCCAAAGUCAUCCACGAGGGUGGAUGAGCUCCAGGAUUCGGAUUCGAUUGUCGGAAUCCGAACUCUUGCUUACUUUUGUGACUAUGGGCAAAGCACUUCCCCUCUAAGGAGUGAUUUUUCUGAACAAAUGAUACCAGAUAAUCAGACCACAGACACAGAAUUCAUUCUUCUGCCAUUUUCCAGCAGCAUGCACGUCCAGUAUGCCUUAGGCUUCCUUUUCCUAUUGAUUUACUUCCUCACCUUAGCUGGGAACCUUUUGAUAAUGGCAGUCAUCAAGAUGGAUUCCCAACUGCACACACCCAUGUACUUCUUCCUGGUGAACUUAUCCUUUUUUGAUAUGUUUUAUUCCUCAGUCAUGGCACCAAAGUUGGUUUAUACACUACUGACCAAGAACAAAACUGUCUCCCUCAGUGGGUGUGUAGUACAGAUUGGACUGAUGUUUUUCAUUGCUUCAUCCGAAGCCUUUAUUCUCUCAGCCAUGGCCUAUGACCAUUACUCAGCCAUCUGCAAUCCUCUGAUUUAUGUGAUUGUUAUGAGCAAACGAUUCUGUACCUUUCUGGCUCGUGGGUCUUGUCUACUUGAGGUAACCAAUUCUCUGAUGAAUACUCUGCCUUUGUUGAGGCUGCACUUCUGUGGCCCCCACCUCAUCCACCACUACAGCUGUGAGAUGCCUGAGCUCUUACCUCUCUCCUGCUCUGAUCUCUUCCCUAACAAGAUGAUUUUAUUCACCACCUUGGUUGUCUUUGGCUUUGGUUGCUUCUUCCCUAUCCUGUUUUCAUAUACCCGAAUUAUCUCUGCCAUCCUGAAGAUCAGCUCAGCCUCAGGCAGGAGCAAAGCCUUUUCUACCUGCUCCUCUCAUGUCAUUGUAGUGACCUUAUUCUUCCUAACAGGUUUGGGCAGACAUCUAAGUCCUGCUACAGGAUCCAUCCUGGAACAAGUCAUCUCCCUACAGUAUAGCAUUGUGACACCCCUACUGAACCCCAUCAUCUACUCUCUGAAGAAUGUGGAAGUCAAAAUAGCCAUAAAGAAAAUGUGGAGGGAAAAAAGGAUCUUGGCCCUCCCCAUUAGUUUCACCUUCAUGGGUGCAGGGAGGAAGAAGAGUGGGAAGGGCAGUGAUACCAUCAGCACCUCCUCCCCAGCAACCACCCCCUAUGACUCCAUUGCAAAAGGCACUACUUAA